AUGGCAUCCAAGGGCAUGUGGGAGGUCGAUCCCGAGACUCGGUCCAAGCUGGCCACCCUCCAGAAGGAAUCCAAGAACAAUAUCUGCUGCGAUUGCAAUGCGCCCUCUCCCCAGUGGGCGUCUCCCAAGUUUGGCAUCUUCAUCUGCCUCUCGUGCGCUGGUGUGCACCGAGGCCUUGGAGUCCAUAUUUCUUUCGUCAGAAGUAUUUCAAUGGACGCCUUCAAGUCAAGCGAAAUCGAACGAAUGCGACUGGGUGGCAACGAGGGGUGGAGGAACUUCUUUGAAGAGCAUGAGCAGACUAAGAUGAUGGGCAUCACAUGGGAAGACUCGACUAUUGCAGAGCGAUACAGUGGUGAGGUCGGUGAGGAGUGGAAAGAGAGACUGAGCUGCAAGGUUGAGGGCCGCGAAUAUGUCCCUGGGGCGAAGAAGCCUGUGUCUGCGCCCACGAAACCCGCGUCGCGAACAGGAACACCCAUGAGUGGUAGCUCGCGCCGCAAUGAGAGUCCUGCAGCGGCGUCAGGAGGUGGAGGCGGAGGCAAGGUCAAGGUGGAUGAUCAGUACUUCUCAAGGCUUGGAGCCGAUAACGCUGCACGGCCAGACCAUCUGCCACCUAGCCAGGGAGGAAAAUAUGCCGGAUUUGGAAGUACUCCUGCGCCCAAUUCUUCGGACAACGACCUCAACUUUGGUGAGAUACAGAAGGAUGCUGUCGCGACUCUCACCAGGGGGUUCGGCUGGUUCACAUCAACGGUCUCAAAGACCGCCAAGACUGUUAAUGAUGGCUACAUUCAGCCCACUGCUAAGCAGUUUGCUGAAGGCGACUUUGCUAAGCAAGCUCAACUGACCGCUUCCGCCUUCGCAAAGCAGGCUCAAGCAGCGGGCAAGAAUGCACAGGAGGGUUUCACCAGAUUCGUGGAAGGUCCUGAGAACCAGAAAAGUCGAGAAGCCCCCCUGGAUGAGAGCAAGAAAAGUUUUUGGGAUGAGUUCUCAAACUUGGCCGAUCAAAGACAACCCGCCAACAACUCAAUCGGCACAAGUGCUAUGGGAAUGGGCAAGAAGAGCACGGCGGCUCCUCCACCAAAGAAGCAGGACGAUGCAUGGGACGAUUGGUGA